CUUUAGCCAAUCCGCGUCGAGAAUUACUUUUUGAAUUUUCAAAUGUUUUAUUCUCAUAUUUGAAGGGGCAUGCUUUGUUUAGUAGACGACGAAAGAGCAGUUCUUCCUUGGAGGAUAAAAAAGAAAGCAAUUUCCUUCGUCUUCCAACAACAUAAACUAUUAAAAUGUCCCAAAGGAAGGGGAUGAUCGAAGACAUGAAUAUCCAAGUGGCAGUUUUACGUGAUCUAUUGAUAUGCGUCGGAAAACCUCAAGACAGCCCAGAAAUUCGUGACAAAAUCAAACAAACGAGAAAGAAAUGUGUCGAUACGUGUACUUCAGCUAGCCAAAUAAUUCUACCAGAAAUUCGGAGCGAUGUUACGGCUGGUAUUCCAGUAGAUAGUCAGCAGUUGGUUAAUCUGGUAUGCUGUUCCCAAUUACUAUUAAGAGAACUUCGAAAAUGUAAACACUUAAUCUCUAAUAACAAAAUGGAAAUGUCGCAUUAUUACGAGCAGCGACAAGGAUCUUCGGGGAUGUCGGUUCUGGAUAAACUAGUGCUUUGGAGGCCACCUCCCGUCAAUUACCACCAAGACGAACUUCAUAAAAUCGACAGGGAUGCGGAAACGGUAGAAAAAAUUUUGGAAGAAAUGCAAGAAUUUAUGCCGCACGAAACGAACUCUGGUAAAGCAUUGAUGGAAGGUGUUGUGAUCAACUGGAGACGACGACGCAAAAGUGCUAUCUAUAGACACGUGGGAGACAUUUGCUGCGUUUGUAAAUCUAAUUCGAGCUAACAGUGAGUCUGGUCAGGUAGCACGAUCGAUUAUUCUUUCCUGUCUUCUCUCUCGAGUGGAUGAGGAUCUCGAUACUGUACACACAUGCAAUACAUAAACGUGUAGAGAGGGAAAGAUUUAUCAACCGGAUUACGUUGCGAACGAAUGGUUAAGAAAAAAAAACAUGUAAUAAUCGAAGAUAAUUAAUUUUUUAUACAAAAUUUGGCAAGAUUUAUAUAUAAAUGUGACAAUUUUUAAAAAAGUUUUAAUGGAGUCGUUACGCUAAAAUAAUCAAAGAUAAAUAAGCAAAUUCGGCGAGUAACCGUAUCAAAUUAGUAGAGUUUGGUUUGACUUUUAUAUAUCGAGUUACGACCAGAAUAAUUUACUACCGAAAAAAAAGUAAACACGAACAGAAUUUAUGAAGUUUAGAAAUAAUUUUAUAAGCGAAUGAAGCGGGUUAUAUUUAACUUAAUUAGAAACUAUUAAGAAAGAGAGGAAAAGAGAGAGAGAGAGAGAGAAAGAUGCUCGAAAGACUUUAACAAUUGAAUAAAUUACUUCUUCGUUUUCUCUUACGGAAUUUUUUAACAAGACUUUUUUACUAAUUUUUUUCUGGCAGUUUAAUUUUGCAACAAAUUCAUUAACAUAUACACACACACACAAAAAAGCCCACAUCAUCCGAACCUACGAAAAAAAACUUUAUCAAUUUUUUACCCCACGAGUAAACAAAAUCUCAUUUUGCUUUCAUACGAAAUUAAAACUUGUUUUUUCAAUUACUUUUUCGGUUUUUCUCCAUCAUAUAUAUUUACUUCCACUCCAAACAUUAGCAUCCAUUCUCUA